UUUUAGUUUAGAUUUAUUCUGUUUAUGCUAGUGCUAUGUCAAAUAAAACCUUUGGAAGUAGUGCAAAAAUGAAAAAGGGGUGUUCUAUUUCGAUUACUUUCAUAGAAUUUUUGUGAAAGCUGAAACAAGGAAUGCUAAAACAAACACUGGGUUGCUCAUAGAUUUAUAUUCUAUGUAUGGAAACGGUGACGGUUCUACUGGAGAUGCACGGUCUUUGUUGGUGAUCAUUACAUUUUUCUUAAAAUAGCAUCAUCCAUAAAUCUCUCUCAUUGGGGUUGAAGAUUUCAUCAGAUCUAUGAGUGAAUUAAUCAUUUGGCUUUAUUUCAAUGGUUUGAUAUGAAUAUGAAGAGUUAUCGGUAUUCUAAGAGGUGAAUCUCUGUUGUUUGUUGCUCCACUAGAACUUAAAAUGUCUUCUAUAAGGCCAUGAUGAAGUUUAUGGACUGGUAAUUUAGAUUUCCUGAUUGGGUCUCCUUAGAAUUCUUUUAUCAUUUUUGUUCAUGUUUGUUUACUGCGGUAAGCUCAAGCUGCUGCAUUAAGGCCGUACUGAAGUUUAUGCAGUGGUAAUUUAGAUUUCCUGAUUGGGUUCUGCUUAGAAUUCUUUUAUCCUUUUUGCUCAUGUUUGUUUACUGCGGUGAGCUCAAGUUGCUGCAUUAAGGCCUUAAUGAAGUUUACGCACUGGUAAUUUAGAUUUCCUGAUUGGGUUCUGCUUGGAAUUCUUUUAUCCUUUCUGUUCAUGUUUGUUUACUGCGGUAAGCUCAAGUUGCUGCAUUAAGGCCUUAAUGAAGCUUAUGCACUGAUGGAAGUAAAUGUGAAGAAGGCAGAGUCAAAGAACACAAAAUCAUGUUGGUGGGAUACUCAUCUCAAUCCUGAGAAUUCUGAAUGGCUGGUAGAAAAUUCCAAGGAAAUGGAGGAGAGUGUCAGACAAAUACUGAAAUUGGUGGAAGACAACAUCGAAGAUUUGGCAAAAAAUGAUGAAAUGCAUUAUCAGAAUAAGUCAGAGGUGAUUGUCCAUGUUCAGGAACUCUACCGUAUUUAUCAGUUGCUGGCUGAGCGCCAUGAUCAUUUGACCAGGGAAUUGCGCAAGAGUCUGCCAUCUGAUUGCCAAAUACAAGACCCUGGUAGUGGUUAUGAUCGAAACUCUCCACUGAUAACUCCUGAUAAAAAACUGGGUCUGCAUAAGUCUAUUCAACAAGCUGCAUCUUUCAGUUCUGGUAGUGGUAGUUCUGAUCUCUCAUUGAAGGAAGGCACUGAGUCGUCUUCAUUGUCAUCAGAUUCUGACUCAGAAUCUUUCAGCUCCUCUGUCAACAUCUACAUGGGCUCACCUGUGAAUACUGAUAAUGGUGUAGUACAUGACAAAGUUAUUGAGCUAGGAAGUGAGCUCCCAACAAUGAAAGUGAAGGUACAAGUGGCUGAUGAAGAGAUUUCAGAUGGUAAGUUGAAGAUGAGAGAAAACAGAAAUUAUGAAAAACUGACUGAAAGACUUACUAAGUUUGAAGAAGAGUUAAGAGAUUCCAACCUAAAACUCCAGCUUGCAGAAGAGGAGAUUGUGAGGUUGAAAGCAGAGCUCAAGAAGAGUGAGUCUGUUCCUGUCCUUGCAGAGCAUGUGCUUGUUCAACUUGAAUCAUUGCAGAGAGAUGCCGAAUUGAGGGAAGCUGAUCUUGUGUUGCAGAAAGGUAAAGUACUUGAGUUGCAAAAACAGAUAGUUGACCUGGAAACUCAUGUUUCAGACUCCAAUUCUGAAGUUGUGAGGUUGAUGGAGGAGCUUGCUGUAAGUAAAGAAAAGAUCAAGGCUUCAGAAGAAGAGAUUGCAAUGUUUAAGCAAGAACUUGACAUGGAGGGGAGGCAGGUUGCGAACCUGCAGGAGCAAAUUUUUAGGUACAGCAAUGAUCUAUCUCAUCGUGGUCAUGAAGUUGAAGAAUUAAAGGUUGCAUUAUGUGAUGCCCAGGAUAAUUUCUCCUUGCAGAAAGCAAGUUUUCAGUCUGAAAUUUUUGGUCUGUUAGAAAAGGAGACCCUCUUAGAGGCAAGGCUCAAAGAAUGGGAACUACAUGCAAGACUGCUGGAAGAAACAUUAAGGCAAUGUGAAGCUGAAAAAAUGGAAAUCAAAGGUUUGCAUGAUGUUCAGGAGAUUGGGUUGCAAGGUCAGAUCAGUCAGUUGAAGGCAGAAGUUACUGAGAAAGGUGUGCAUGUAGAAGCUUUGAAUAAGAACCUUGAUAGACUGAAAUUGAAAUAUGAUAUGCUUAUGGCAGAGAAAGAUGGAGUCAUUGCAAAGGUAAACUCUCUUGUGGCUGAGCUUAGUUCUCGAGAUUUGCAGAUUGGGCAAAUGGAGGAGCAUCUACAGCAGUUACGCAGGGACCAUCUACAGCUGAUUUCUGGAUCUAAAAAUGCAAAGAAUCUAGAAGAUGAGUUGAAAUUGAGAAUAAAAGACCUCGAGAAGGAAGUAGAUAGGCAGAGAAUUGUGAUCUUAGAUGUUGCUGAGGAGAAAAGAGAGGUGAUACGACAGCUUUCCUUCACACUGGAGCAUUACAGGAGUGGUUAUAAAGAAUUUCAGGCAUUUUUCAAGCACAAACGGCAUGCGGUCAUGGCUUCAUGAGUUUGAUCAAUUUGAGUACUAGUAAGGCUACAAGUCUCAAUUGUCUGUUUACUUUUUUGUUGUAUGUGUUUUUAAAUUAUUUUACAAACUUAUCACAUUAGUUCUUAAUAGUUUUUUUCUUUGGGAGGUUUUGGGUGAUAUGUUGCACACUUGCUUCGAUGCUUAGAUGAUCUUGAGCUGCCAUUAUGCUAUAUCUUUGCAUGUCAUUAAACAUCUGAACAUGCCAAUGGACCAAUUUGAACCAAGUUGUUUGAAAUUUCAAUCAAACAGGGUUCUUCAGAUUAGGCUCCUGCUGUAUUGCGCACUGCAGAGUCUUGGUUCAUAUUUCCCUCAUUAGCAUGCUGUAUUGAGUGUGGAUCGAAUCAGUUCGUACAUUCCACUGUUGAAUUCUUAGUUAUGAAAUUCAUGGUUUUCCCCCCUA